AUGUGUGUUAAACUCUACACAGAUACAAAGCUCCGUCAGUUGGGCCUCGGGCACAACAACAUCACACAAGUGUUUGACGACUGGCGCAACAGUUUGCUGCACCUGGAACUGCUUGAUUUGAGAUAUAACCAGAUUGAGGUCCUCGAGGAUCCUGACACAAACUUUUUGAGCAACGUGACAGUCGACUUCAGAUUUAAUCGAAUAUCUAUGAUCAAGAUCGAAGAAGAAAAUCAGUACGCUCGAGUCAGCCCCAAGGAUACCAGAAAAGGCACUUUGUUAAUUGGUGAAAAUCCUUUCCACUGCGACUGUCAUACGUUCCGGCUGUUGCGACUACUCGCUAACUCAAGCUACGAGUACAUACAUCCGGCCAUCAAGCUUGAUGCAGCAGUCUGUGCCACUCCACCUACGCUCACUGGUAUAAAAUUGCGAGAAGUGCCUUUGGAUAAACUCACAUGCGAGUUACCAGCAUCUAAAUGCCCACUCAACUGUAAUUGCAUAUCACGUCCUGCGCGAAACACGAUCGAACUGGACUGCAUCGAACCACCAGCCACCGCGCCAAUGCCAGAUCCACCUAAGGACUUUAACCGCAUAACCCUACGGCUUCGAAGAGCGCCUCUAACUCUCAACCUGACGCUGCCGGUACAUGAGCUCCAACUGACAAGACUAGGUCUGACGGAAUUUCCGCCGGGGCCUAUUCCAACCCAACUGGAGCUGUUCGACCUCAGAGACAAUCUGCUGACAGAAAUUUCAGGACUAGCAUCCGGCGGCUACAAGUUGCGUAUAGCUGGUAAUCCGCUCGCAUGUGACUGUGCACACUAUGAUUCCAUCAAUGCGCUAUUGCUGUCAAGUAACCGCAUAGAAGACUGGAAUAACGUAACAUGUGCAGGCGGCCGAUACUUGAAACAUAUUAGAGAUGCGGAUGGAUUAUGUGCUGAAAUUCGGGCAACAUGGGCCGCUAGUAUUGGUGGAGCAUUAGCUUCAAUUGGGCUAGUCGCUGUCGUUGUAACAGUUACAUGGCUGCGCUACCAGAAUGAGAUCAAGGACGAAGAGGUAGUGGUGCACAAGUUGGUACCGGAGUUGGAGCAGCGUGGGUAUAGACUGUGCGUGCAUUACCGGGAUUGGGCGCCGGGUGAAGCUAUUACGGAGCACCUGUCGAGGUCGGUGCGGGAGGCGCGGCGGACACUAGUGGUGGUGUCACGCGGGUUCCUGCGCUCGGAGUGGGCGCGGGCGGAGUUUCGUGAAGCGCACGCGCGGGCGCUGCGCGAGGGACGCUCGCGUGUCAUAGUGGUACUCCUGGGCGAGCUCCCAGCAGCUGACAGUGAAGACGACGAGCUGCGGGUCUACCUGCGCACGAAUACGUACGUGGCGUGGAGCGACGCGUGGUUCUGGCGCAAGCUGCAGUACGCGCUGCCGCACCAGCCCCUCGGGCUGCAGGAGGAUGUUCCCCUCGUGCCCCUGUCGUCCAGGCAUUCGGACAAGCUGCAGAUUUGA